AUGGCGAUGUUCGCAUCAACAUUCCGCUGGCUGCAGAGGAAGCGAUACCAAUAUGAAGUUACGUUUUCUCUGUACAUGUUGACGCCUACCGAAAAAUUCAUCUUCAACUCCUUCCUCUUCCUCUUCUUCAGCAUGAUUAUAAUCGCCAUGACGCUGUACCUCCCGCAGCACAUUGCCUUCCUGACCAAUCGCGCCUGGUUCUACUACAAUGGCGACGAGAGCGCCAAGACAGCUGUGCAAUCUGUGAUGGAGAAUAAGACAAGCAAGGUUAUGUUCGACAAGAUCAAGGAGACCGCGGUUGCGGCGGGGGCGGGCUCGUCGAUUCUAGUGGCGGGCUCGGAGUUGUGA